UCUACCCUUUUUUUCUCUUCUCUUUUUUUUUUUUUCUUUUUGUUUAUCAAUAAAAAGAAAAGAUAUUAGAGAAGAAGGGCAACAAUUUGAUAUCCUCUUUUUUUUUUCUUUAUUAUCUUGUAACCAAGUUUACUCUAUUCUUUUUACACCCCCCAACUUCAUUCCUUUAUUAAUUAGAUACACUUUUUUUUUGAUACUUUCCUUCAUUUAUUCACAAAUAUCUACUCUCCUUUAUUUAUAUGAUGUCCACGCAACAACAACAACAACAACAACCUAUUCCUCAACCUACUAGGUCUACCCCACUUCGCCCUUCUUCUCGAUCUUCUGCAACACCAAUGUUACCUACUCCAUCCUCUUCUCGUUCGUCCUCUACUCAUAGAACUCAAGAACAAUUGGCUCAACUGAAACGAGAGAUAUGUCAACAACUGGAAGAAAAAGAACAACAACGUCAAGAAUGUGAAAGCGGCAUACAAAAGAACGUGUUGACUCGCCAAAUCAGUCAGUUACGUGACCGUCUUACUGAACUAGAACAGCAAGAACAAGAUCUACCACCAGCUACUGUGGACAAGUUACGCCAUUUGGAACGUGAUCUAGCCUCAUAUCGAGGUCAACAACGCAAGGAUAAACUAUUUCCUUCAAGGGGUUUAGAUACUUUACCAAGUCCUUCAGCUUCAACUUUAUUACCUUCUGCUAUACCUUCCUCUCUUUUGCCACUACCUCCUCCUCCUUCUGGUUCAACACCAACUAAACGAAGAUCAAAAGUUCCCAAUAAUGAUCGUCGCAAUACUGAUAUCGAAUUCGCUACGGAAAUCGGCCAAGGAUUAUUGAUCGAAGUACGGAAAAUGCAAGCUAUCUUACAAGAAAAAGAAGAACAAUUACGUGCUCUGGAACUUCAACGAUCUGACCUAGAAAGAAAUUGUGAAGUGUUAGCCAAACAAUUACGUCAACGGGAAGAAAAUGAAGAAAAAUUGAAAGAAGAAACCUGGAAUUUGGAAUUAACCAAGCAAGAAUUGACUCUCAAUGUGACGGAACUUCAACAACAUUUGCACAAAGCAACAAGUGAACAAACAAAGUUGACAAAGCAAAGUGAUGAUCUUCGUAGUGAUAUUGAACAAUUACGUGAUCGAGAAGAGAAAUUGACAGCAUUACUGGAAACAACAAAACAACGCCAUGAACAAGAUAUGACAAGUUUACGUCGUCUUUGUGCUGGAUUACAACGUGAAGCUCAACAACAUACCAAUCAAAUAGAUACUUUGACUUCUGAACUUGCCAUUGCAAAAGCCCAAUCUCGACUUGGAAAACAUCAAUCAGCUACCUCGUCUGUCAAUAAUAGUACUAGUCAACCUUCUUCAGAUGAUACUGAUCCGUCCGAUCUCUCCAAUGCCAAUCAAGAUCCUAAUAAUGGUUCUAGACCUGGUUCUCCUACUUCUUCACCAAAACAAUCUCCGGCUGGUCGGUCUCAAGCUAUGGAAGUGGAAACUUUGAAAACAUCUCUAGCACAUGCUCAUCGUAUGGUUUCCAAUCUUCGGUCCAAUUUACAUAAGGAAAAAACGGAAAAGUUUGAAUUCAAAAAGUUAUUGGCAGAUUCUCAAGAAACUAUUGAACAACUACGAAAUGAUCCUCAUCUUUGGGUUGACACCUCUUCUUCUCACGCUCAUCAAGGUGGUAUGACCAAUGGUUCGUUGGAUGAUCAAAAGAAACGCAAAGUCAAACAACAUCGACGAACAAGGAAAUUACAUCGACUUGGUGGACAUUCAAGAUCUGGAACAAGGAAACGGGAUGAUGAUGAUAAUGACGACGACGAUUUUGAACAAGAUGACGAAGACAACAAUAAUCAUAUCAAAAACAAACCUAGUCGCCGGAAUCGUGGUGAUGAUGAUGAUAUCGAUGACGAUGAUGAGGAUGAUGAUGAUGACGAUUUAUAUUCUUACUCAUCUCUUUCUGACGAAAAUGAUGAUGAAACACCAGCAGGAUUUACUUCAUUAUCUUUGGAAUUAUCACAAAGCAACGCCAAAAUCAGCAACAAAUCAGUGGAUGCUAACGUGAUGACGGAUACGAUUAUGAUUGUACAGGACCCUCAGCAGUACGAACGGCAACUUGAAAAACUUCAUCAACUUGAACAAUGGCAUCUUGCUUCUUUGGACAGCCCAAACAAGUGGAAAGUAACUACUUUAUCAUGCAUGGAUCAAGCCCCUGUGAGCUCAUGUGAAACAACUACUCAGACUGACCCUGUGACCAGUGUAGAUAUGGAUAUACAAACAUCAACCCCUGAAACAGUGCAUCAAGAUAUUCAAUGUGAUCUACUCCAACCUCGUGAUGAAGCAGCAGAAGCUUUAGCUCUUUCCUCAGCAGUAGCAGCAGCAACAGCGGCAGCAGCAACAGCAACAGCACCAGCGGAAACGACCGAUCAAGGUGUUCAAUGCGACGAUCCUAUUUCAACGAUUCAAAGUAUGGAUUCAACAACUCAAGUGGAACCUGUGAUGACAAUGGAUGCCAGUGUACAAUACACUUACAGCAUGGUGGAUACUGCAGUACAACAUGACUAUGCAAUGGUGGACUCAGCGGUUCAGCAUGAAUAUUCAAUGACCGAUGUAGGUGUACAACAUGAAUCAACCGUAGUAGAUCAAGGUGCUCAGUACGAUGCUAUCGAAACCAUGGACAGUGCCACUCAACAUGAUCCAACCAUCAACAUCAUCACUACGAACGAUAUGUCAACACAAUGCGACAAGAAGGAAUCUUUGAUGAUUGAUACAGGUGUCGAUCCUAUUACAAACGAAGUCCUUGGAAAAGAUGUAGCGAUUCAGGUAGCAGCAACUCCUUUCUCUUCUCCAUCAGUUCAACUGGCCAACGGUGCUGUUCAAGGUGAAUGGGUAGUUACUUCACGAUCAGCCAAGGAUGCUCAAGUACAACAUGAUCAAAAGGACAGUUCCAUUUUAGUCAAGUCAACAUUGAAUAGUGAACCAGAAACGACAACAACAGCAACUACUGAUCAUCACGAUUGGCUUGGUAGUUUAGGAACAAGUGGAUUAGCGCUAGGCACAGCCACAGUAUUAUCAACUACGCUUCUCAACAAUCAACAAACAUCAUCCCCAGUGAUCAGCAAGAAACUCUAUAGUCAAGAAGAAAUGGACGCUCAGAUCAACAAGGCGGUAGAAGAAGCCAUGGCCAAACACAAAUCAAAUCAAGUGAUGAACGAUGGAAUACAACCUGUCAACUCUGUUGAAAAGUCCAGCACUGUGCAACCACCACUUAUGGAUGAUUCUAUUCCUGCCCGUCCAACCCAACCACCUCCUUCCAAUUUAUUAGACAAGGCGAUGCGGACCAGCAACAUGACAACAGAACAGGUGGAUUAUGAUGGAACAACGCUUGAUUUACAUCGAGAAACAGCAAGUGCAUCUAGUGUAAUUACAACAAAUAAUGAUAUGCAAUCAUCCAGCCUGUUACGCCAUACAACAACCAACAUGUCAUCAUCAUCCAUCACACCCCCACCAGUACCAGCAAAAACAACAGCACCUUCUAUUGCAUCAUCCAUACAUGACGAACACACCACAGUCGUUCGACCAUUGCCUACAACAACCGAUCCUACAAUAUCAUCCAUUACACAAACUAUGAUCGGGGAAUGGUUAAUCAAGUAUACACGUAAGCCCAUGGGUGGUCAAGGCUUCUCUGAACGAAGACAUGAACGAUACUUUUGGAUUCAUCCUUAUACACGAACUUUGUAUUGGUGUACAUGUGCUCCCGGCGCAGAUGGUGGUGAAUUGAAAGCCAAGAGUGCCUUUGUAGAAGAUGUGAUAGUGGGUAAACCUGAUGAUGAAACGCCAAAAGGAGUUCCUUGUUUAUUGAUUCAAACUAGUACUCGACAACUCAAGAUCAAGGCACCUACCAAAGAACGACAUGCAUUAUGGCUAGAGUCAUUAAUGUAUCUAUUGACACGUACUGGUCAAUCAUCUAUGUUGGAAAGCACACCUUUACCACAACGAUCCGUUUCUGCCUCGAUUAUUCGCAAACCUAGUUUUCAACGCAUCAACGACAUGUUUCAACAUAGCAACGGGUCGCAACAACAUAAGAACAACGACGACGAUGACGAUGAUGAUGAUGAAGCUUUGGAAAACGUUCGACUUUGUUGUGAUGGGAAACAUGAUGUAGGUAGAUUGGACAAGAAUCAUACGCAUCAUCGUCCUUCUUAUCAUCAUCAACGCAAUCAUCUUCAUUCAUAAUUUAGUUCCAUCAUAUCAUUUUAGACAUUCAUUCAUUCGUUUAGUAUCAUAUUCUCCACACUUUCUUUUUUUUUUAUAUAUAUAGUUUU